GAGACAGUCAACUCGCCUCGCCUCGCCUCGCCUUGCGAACACGCCCUUCGCACGCACGAGCCCCGCGCGCGCAUUGAUCAGACAAGAUGUCAUUAGAAGCUGAUUACAUGACAGCCACAUAUGAUCCCUCCGUGUACACAACCUAUGAUGAUGACACCACAGAUCAGUUGGAGUACAUCUGUGACAAGGCUUCGGUCCGGGAGUUUCGAAGGCAGUACGAACCCCCCCUCUACUGGUUCAUCGUCAUCUUGGGUGCCAUUGGCAACCUCCUGGUGGUGUGGAUCUACGUCCAUUUCCGCAACCGCCUGAAGACAAUGACGGACGUGUACCUGCUGAACCUGGCCAUUGCGGAUCUCUUGUUCCUGGGAACUCUGCCUUUCUGGGCCACAGAUGCUGCCUAUGGCUGGACCUUUGGCACUGGCCUCUGCAAAGUGGUAUCCGCCAUUUACAAGGUCAACUUCUUCAGCAGCAUGCUGCUGCUGACCUGCAUUAGCCUGGAUCGCUAUGUGGCUGUUGUUCAGGCUACCAAAGUGCAAAAUUCAAAAAGAAAGAGGGUCAUUCAAAGCAAGGUGAUGUGUGUGGGAGUCUGGGUGAUAGCCUUAGUCUUGGCUACUCCCGAGCUCCUCUUCGCCCAAGUCAAGGAUACCUUUGAGGGCAAUAACUUCUGCGCCAUGGUCUUCUGGAACAACUACAACAAUCGCAUCAAAAUCCUGGUCUUAUCCCUGCAGAUCUGCAUAGGCUUCUGCCUGCCCUUCCUGGUCAUGCUCUUCUGUUACACCAUCAUCAUCCGCACUCUGCUGCAGACCAAGAACUUUGAGAAGCACAAGGCCAUGCGUGUUAUCUUCGCCGUAGUAGCGGUGUUUGUCAUUUCCCAGCUGCCGUACAACAGCGUCCUGGUGGUUGAGGCGACGCAAGCGGCUAACAUCACCAUGACGGACUGCGACAAGGUUCUCCGCUUCGACAUAGCAAGCCAGGUGCUCAAGAGCCUGGCCUACAUCCACAGUUGCCUCAACCCAUUCCUCUACGCCUUCAUCGGCGUUCGCUUCCGCAAGGACCUGGUCAAGGUGUUCCAGUCGAUUUGCUGCUGCUUCAGCUUCGGCAAACUCAGCAAGCUCUCCGGAGGGUCCAAGCGUCCGUCAGUCAUGUCAGACACCGAAACCACGCCUGCAUUGUCGUUGUAGCGAGCCGCUGGGACUUGCCAAAGCUCUUGAUGUCCACUUUUUGAGAAUGUCCACCGUUCUGCGGGCUCCUGCAGCGGAAAGAAUGUAUUUUCAGGUCUGAGAUUCACACAGUUGCAGCAGUGUGCCUCCAAACACAUUGACCUGCUCAGCUCCAUCGCAAGAUGGGCGUGCUGAGGGGUUUGUUUGAGAGAAGAGCUCUUCUGUCUGCAAUCACUGCUGAACUUUAGGCUUCUAGAUGAGUAGGUCUUCAACAUCACAGCCUUUAGGACAGGAGGUCCACAGAGGACUUGUGAAGCUUUGUAAGGGGGUGUAGAUGUGCAGUCCACGAAUCAAUGUCUUCGUGUAUUUAGGGAAUGAUAUACCUAGCGUGUGCCACCAAUGCAAAAAUAUUAGGAGUUAUGUUAUUAUAUUUUCUAUUAAAUCACUUUAAUCAGCACAAGUCUGUGAUUGUUCAUCCUAGAGAUACGGCCAUGGUCUGGAGAGCCCGCAAAGGGAACUGCGGAGCAGAAAGUGCUCCGGGGGGUCACAGGGAAGGUGGUUUCCCUCUUCAACUCCCCCCAAUUUAAUUUUUUAACAGCAUUAAGUCAGCGCUUCCUCUAAAUGUUACUAUUUCAUUUGAAAUGUUUCUCUCUGUGGUUUUUUGUCUAGAAUCCCCCAACAGUCCGAGGCUCUUGUACGUGGCCUCAGAUGUGUGUGAUUCUUCCAUAGCUGAACAUUCAUUUGUGGAGUGGAAGAAAUGUGUCUUUCAGCGUGUUUAUCUACCCCAGAUCUGUGAACUGGUGGCCACAACCAGUGUUUUUUCAAAAAAAAAAAAGAAAAAAAAAAGAAAAAACCUGCUGCAUAUUCAAAAGGCAUUUAGAUUUCAAGUGUAGAUUUUAUACCAUUUAUAGUGUGUUUAAGACGUGCGAAAUGCACAGAAAGUGCUGCUUCCUUCUGUGGAGACUGAAUUAUUGCUACUCAUUUGUUCAUUUAUAUUGUUUAGGACUCAAAUAAAUUGAAAUUUUUGGAAAA